AUGCGGCGGUCUCCAAUAUUUCUGGUCUUCCUUCUCCUCCCCCUGCUUGAUGCUCAAGUUACGGACGCUGGAGUUAACAACGCUACAGCUCCAGACGCUCCAGUUACGGACGCUGGAGUUAACAACGCUACUGCUCCAAACGCUCCAGUUACGGACGCUCCAGGGACGGAAGCUCAAGUUCCGGAUGAUCCUGAGCAAGUUUCGGCGGAGAAAUUGAGAGAAAACUUUUGUCCCCACUGCAAACCGAUCCAGACCGGUGAUUUCAAGAGAUUUUGGGUCAUCCACCACAAAGCGAACGACACCUUUGAAUAUUUGGCUCAGAGUGAGUUAGAUUAUUUUUUUAUAAAAUACGUUGGCUAGAGCGCAGUUCGGCGAAAUUAUUUUUGUUGAAGUGGGCACAGCUUGGGAAAAAAAUAUUUUUUAGAGUGAGCGCAGUUCGGAGAAAAUAUUUUUUGGGGUGGGCGCAGCUCGGGGAAAAAUAUUUUUUUUGGAAUGGGCGCAGCUCGAAGAAAAAUAUUUUUUUGGGGGUGGGCGCAGCUCGGGGAAAAAUAUUUUUUAGAGUUGGCGCAGCUCGGAGAAAAAUAUUUUUUAGAGUGGGCGCAGCUCGGAGAAAAUUAUUUUUUUUUGAGUGGGCGCAGCUCGGAGAACAUUAUUUUUUUUGAGUGGGCGCAGCUCGGAGAAAAUUAUUUUUUAGAGUGGGCGCAACUCGGAGAAAAUUAUUUUUUUGAGUGGGCGCAGCUCGGAGAAAAUUAUUUUUUAGAGUGGGCGUAGCUCGGAGGAAAUUAUUUUUUUGGGGGGUGGGCGCAGCUAGGAAAAAUUUCUUCUAUGGAAUACUGGGCGCAGCUCGAGAAAAAAUUUUUGGGGGUUUAUGCAGCUCGAAAAAAUUUUUUUAUGAAGUUUGCAAGGAACUUUUGUAGAAUUUGGCGUAAAACAUGACUAUAAAAAUGCUUUUAGCUCAUUUGGACCAGCCAAUGAACGAAGGAGCUCCGAUCAAACUAAAGGAAUUCGGAGCCGAUCUUCUUUAUCCAGUUUUUUCGGACGGUCAAUUUCAGCCGUACCUUGUGGAAAUCAACGAUAAAAGACAGCUCAAACUCCUUCAAAUGUAAGUGAAUUUUUAUGUUCAAAUAUUAUUACUCUUAAUGUUUUUGAUAUAGGUUUUUGACAGCCUUAGGGGUUUUUAUGCUUUCUGAGACCUUUGCAGAGACUAAAAAGGUACAGUUUUUAACUUUUGACGCAAUUCAAAAAGUUUACUUUUCCAGGCUGCGCCCUAGCUUUUACCUAGAACUUGGUUUUUAAAUAGCCUUCGGGUUUUUAUGUUUUCUAAGGCCCUGGUCUAGCCCAAUAAUGGGUACAAUUUUUAUUUUUUGGCACAUUUCAAAAAGUACAGUUUUCCAAGCUGCGCCCUAGCCUUUACCUGGGAUUUGAGUUCUGUCUAGCCUUAGGGAUUUUAAUCCUUUUCCACUCUUAGCAACCUGCAAAAAGGUCAAAAUUAUAACAGUUUUUUACGACAGUAGGCCAGAAUAUGUUACAGUCUCCUCUAACUCGACUUUACGUUACCUUGAUUUCAGCCCGGACGCCAACGGAACAGUCAAAAUCCAGCCUGCUAAUGGGACUUCCCAAAAUGAGGGGAAAUAUUAUUGUGGGCACAGCGAAAAACACGCCACUCUGAACCGCGAAAAGAUGUUCUUCCUCGGUGGGAAUUUGAUCUUGAACAAGGACACAGCCGUCGAUGUGAGCACGUUGUGUGAUCAGGAGGUGGUAAAGACAAACCCAAAGAAUAUAAGUGGUCUUGGAGAAGGUGGAGUGGAUGACAGCUGGAUUAGUGACUGUUUUAAGGUAAAAAAUCUUUUCAAUACUUUAUAUAUUACUUGUCCGUUUGUAAAGUGUCGUUGGGGUGAUUUUUUGGGAUUUGCGAAAAAGUCCCGGAGAUUGGCCACCACCCCAAAAAAUGAAAAUUCAGGCGAAGGCGAGCUCAGCAAAAAAUAGAAGCCUGACGCUGAUCUAGGCUUAGGCUAAGCCUAAAAGAAGCCUAACCCAGCCUAAGCCUAAGCGUUAAUCUGAGCUUAGGUUAAGCCUAAACUACGCUGAGCCUUGCUAUCUUUUCAUUGUAUAAAAUGUCCUCAGCAUGUCUCGCACCUUUUUUUCCAAUGCUUAAUUUUUUUUGGGCGGUGGCCAUGUCUUGAAAAGGAUGUGUGGCGCAAAAAAAGCACGGUGCAAAAAGUCUACGCACUUUAUGAAAAUGCUAUUAGUCCUCUUGGAAAGUUGAUGGACUGAUUUUUGACUUUUCCACUGUCAGGGUGCGAGCGAUAUCCCAAAAAACCCUGCACGGCGCAAAAAAGCAAGAAAUUUCACAGUGAAAACGGAACUUUUGUUUUUGCACCGUGCAUGUCGCCCAAGUCCCUCCAGCGACUCACAGCACUAUUAAUCAUUUUGUCUGACAGAAAUUUGAUCUUAUUAUAUUUUUCGUUUCAGGCUGUCCAUGGCAGAGGCUCAUGUGCGUUGAACAUUGACGGGAAAAACAAGACGCAUUAUGCUCUGCAGUGUGAAGUCCUCUAUAUGAGAAAUGAUUUGAUCGUUCAUUCCCGCUGCACAUAUGCUAGUAGGUUGAUUUGGGCGUGAGUGGAGUAGGUAGGGGCGUUCUGGAAAUUCAAAUGUGAAGACGAAGGCCAGGUGUUGUCCGGACGGCGCCAAAACUAAGGAAAAAUGUUAGGUUAUGGCCAAAUUUGAGAAUGUGGCCAAAUCUAUGAAAUGUGGCCAAGUCGAGGAAAAUAUGGCCAAAUCGGGGGAAAAUGCGGCCAGUUCCGGAAAAAUAUGGCCAAGUGUAAGAAAUGCGGCCAAAUUGCAUAAAAUGUGUCCAAGGGACAAAUAUGUGGCCAAAUCGACAGAAAUGUGGCCAAAUAAGAAUUUUACUUCGAUUUGGCCACAUUUGCUAUGGUUUAGCCGCAUUUUUUAGGAGCUGGUCACAUUUUCAAUAAUUGGCCAUAUUUUCUGUGAUUUGGCCACAUUUUCUACGACCUGGCCAUAUUUUUCCAAAUUGGCCUUAUUUUUUGAUUUGGCUAUGUUUUACAAGUUUUUGUACCAAAUAAUUUUCGGCAUUUUUAGAUGGGAAACGAUGCGCCUUUUUCAUACACGACUCCCUUACCGGGUGAGUGAAAGUUUUAGCCAAUGAGUGUGUUUUCUGUCCUCGUAUAAGCCUUUGUUUGCAGAACCAACUGGCACAUCCCUGACGACAUCCAGUUCAGCGGAUCGCUUGUCCCCGGCUUCCACAACAUUCGAUAUUUGGUGCCGUUGAUCGAGCUGGACGACCCCUUCUUUUCAAAUGGUCGACGAUUCCAGCACAGUAACACAACGGCGACCUCUGCGGGGCCAGCGCCGGCCCCUUCGGGGGGAACGGCUAUCACUGCAAAUCCAACGGCGACCUCUGUGAGGCCAACGAAAACCACUGCAAAGACAACGACUACCACUACGAAGGCACCGGAGAAACCGGCUGAGAAUGAACCGGACGAUGAAGACUCGGACGAUGACGAAGAUUACGUAGAAAAGGCACCUUCGAUGGCGAAGAGAAGAGAAGUUAUUGGUGGUUAUAUAGUCAUCGCUUUGAUCGUAAUUGUAUUCUUUGAAUUUUGACGGGAUAAAUUGUAAUUUUAAUCACUUUUUUAUUCGUUUUCAUCGACAAAUCGAAGGCUUUUGAGUAUGUAAAAAAUUUGCAAGAUAAGUGAUUUGAUGGAUUCCGUGGGCAUCCAGCAACAACCGUAACCCAAAAAAUAAUUCAAAAGGACAAAAUAUUAAUAAAAAAAGUUUCCAAGAUAAAUUUAGACAAACAUUCGAUGCGAAAAUUGUGCAAAAUCUGUAAAAACUUCGGCCCUUGCCGAUCGAAAGAUAUUGCUUUUCAGUUUUUUGAUUUUUUUGCAACAAGAAAUAAUUGAACCCCUAUAAAGUUUUAUUUCAAGCGUAGUAAUUUUACUUUUACUGGAAAAGGGAAGCUUUGAGAUUAUCUAAAGUAUGUGCGGUUGCAGCGAUGGGUGUGCAAACUAAAAAUUUUGAUUUUUUUCGGAUUUUAGGUAUCAAAAGCUAGAUUUUGGUGGAACUAGUGGAAAUUAGGGCAAAAUUUACAUCUUUUUGCUGGUUGAUUAACUCAGAGGCUAACUGAACAUCUUCUAACCUUUUUCAACUCCUAACGCUGCGAUUAACAGGUCCCAUUUAUGGAAAGUAUUUGAAAUAUGCCUGAUUUUUGGAAAAAAAUUAUUUUUCAAAUUAUGCAACGGUGAUGUGGCUAAAAAACUUGUGUAAUAUAGCGUUAGAAAGCUCUGGAUAAGGACUAUUUGAUGUACUAAUCAUUCACUUUUAAAAAUUAGAUUUUUACAACAAAAUUCUUUAGAUAAUGUCGGUAAGCGUGACAUUCUGCUACGCUUCCUUGUUUGUGCUCUCGGCAAACACACAGCCCGACGUCGCAAUGGAACCCGAAAACCAUGAAAUGUGUUAUAAUGUUGGUAAUGCUGUCUACACAAUCGUUGCGGCAAUUUUUCAAAAGUACCCUUUUUGUUCUACGGCUGCAGCUUGUUACGCUGUCAUCAUUAACGUGAUGCUGGCCAGCCUCAGAUGGACCCAAUAUAAGCGAAAGAAGAGGAAUGGGGGCUAA